AUGCGUCGUUACCCUCCGUCGGGCGGGGGAUUACAUUCCCGGCGCUCUAUCUGUACAGUCGGGUCCAAGCACGGUCGUUCACACGGCGAACUGUCCACGGGUGCCCCUCGCCGGGUACAUAGUGCACAGCCUAGGACGCGAAACGCCGGCCGCGAUCGUUCGGAGCGGCGUUCGCGGCGUGGAAAAGCCGAAGAAAGUUUCCCGGCGCACUGCGGCGCGGCUGGCGGCGUGAGCGCAGUGAACGCGACCUACCGCACGAGCGCUCCCCGCAACGCUUCCCGGUCCCUCCCUCCAGCCGCUAUUGGGUCACCACACGGCCGUGCGUGCGAACCGCCACCGCACAAUGACUGCAGCGCGUGCACCGCUCUCGCUUCGAGGACGAUCUCUAUUUCGCUCGGCGUCCUUUGCCACAUCGCUGGUGGGGACCGAUCUUUC